GAAUUGGACAUUGACCUAAUAUGAUAAGGCAUUGCGUAAAGGAAUUAACAGCAAGAAUGUGGUAAAUUCAAGUGGUUAAAAAGAGAGCGAGAGGAUUACUCAUUCAGUUUCUUGAAUGGACAAAAUGGGGUUAGUUCAUGGACUGCAGUUUGUGACAUUCAUAUGCAUGACAUUGAGUUGUGAUUCUCGCCCGAAUAUGCAAGCAGAGUUUGAGAUCCUGCACACCUGGGACAGCAAUCCUGUGACUCAUGACCCCAUCAGGAUCAUGUUCUCUCCUGGUGUUAGAGGGCUAAAAAUGAAGGCCAUUGGUCCCUUCUUCAAUGACCCUGAGGCCCCAGCAGGACCACCUGGCCAGCCCUUCCCUGGACUCUGGGAUUAUGAAGUUGUGGAGUCCUUCUUUCUCGAUAGUACUACAGACAAUUACUUAGAAGUGGAGGUUUGCCCACAUGGUCAGCACUUGGUAUUACUGCUGUCAGGGGUCGGCCAAGCAUUCCAGGAACAACUGCCAAUAGAUUUUAAUGCUACAAUCAUCGGAGACAAAUGGAUGGGUGAGGCUCUCCUUCCCUGGAUGUACUUUCCUCCCAAUGUGAACAAGAUGAACUCUUAUGCCAUUCAUGGCUCUGGAGAGAAACGCAUAUAUGAAGCACUCUAUCCCAUCCCCAGUGAUGAGCUAGUUGAGGGACAAAAGCCAAACUUCCACGCCCUGAAGUAUUUUGGCAAUUUCCGCCUUCAAAGCAUCAUGGGGGAUGGCUGGAACCAGCCAGAGUCUGAUCUGUGGACGGGGAAACCAUGAGCAUUUGACAAACUCACUCAUCCUCUUCCUGAUCUCUUUCCCGUACGUGCAUCACCGUGUGUUCACACAUCACUAAUAUGGAAAUGUUCAGUAAUGUGUGCCAGUGGUUUUGGCAAAGUCCUAUGAUGUAAUUUAACAAAGUGCAUUCCUCUAUUUAUUAAUACCGCAUUUUAAAUAUUGGUGGCACACUUUUGUUUUUAAUUUUUUAUUGUGACUAACAAUGCUUUUCAUUUAAUUUAAUUGCUCAUUUUGGGGUGUUUUCCUGUGCAUUAAAAGGGAAUGGUUCAGUAAUAA